AUGUCUGAUGUUUGUACCACAGCCGAUCCGCGCGUCAGGGCUGCGGCCCCGAGUCGCAUCCCAGCAACUACUGGACUGCUGGAGAUGUCGGCCUCUGACAACAAUGCGCGCGCAAUCCCGCCUCCAGCCAACCUGCUAAAGCACAAAGGCUCAGCCUUACCUGAGCCCGCCCCUAAGAGAAAGACUCUGGCCGAACGCGCUGGCGAGCCUCCUGCUCGUCCUACCCAUACCACCUCCCGAGUUAUGAAGCGCUCCAACACAACGAACAAUCUGCGAAAGCCUUCCGGAAACCACACAACCUCAUCCGCCCGUCCUGCCUCCGCUGCCGCUACCCACCGAACCAAUUCCGCCCUCCCUCGAACCGGAUCCCGCAGUGCCCUGGCUGCUCGCCCUAACUCGGUCACACAAGAGGACGACGACGAAGAUCUAUCUUCCUCGAGCAUCCUCCCAAACAAGCGCAAGGGUAUGCUACCUCCCAUUGUUGAAUCUUCUACCCUCGUUCUUCACCAGCCGCGAACGCACGUCAAAGCUUCAUCUUAUGCCUCAGUCUUGUCGCGUGUUCCGUCUGCUGAAGCCUUCCCAAAUCCCUUCACGUCCACGUCUUGCCCGAAAAAGUUUGCCUUUUCAGCAUACCGCAAUACCUCUCUUUCCACAGCAUUUCACAACCUGAGCCUGAGUUCCAACAACUCGGACUCUCGGUCUGCCUCGUUUUCUUCAACACAGCAAGACGAGCCUCUGUGCCCCAAAACUCCAUCGCAGAUACCCAAGCUCAAGCCUGUCCCGAAGACUCUGUGUCCGCCGAGUUCAGACUUGCACAUCUUUAAGACCNCCCACACCAAGUAUUCCGUUCACAAUGCUUCCCCGGGCAAGAUCGUAUAUUUGAAUCGCAAUUCUAACACUCCUGCUCCAGCCUGGGAUACCAAAGGUCGCCUCGAAGACAUGGAGACCCUCUACUCGCAACUCAAGUCGCAACUCGAUUCCGCCGCUACAGAAAAAUCUGGCAUGGAGGAGGGCAUAUCCAUGUGCAGAGCACGCAUAACCGAAAUGGAGCAAGUACGCCUGCAACUCUCCGCCGCCAACCAAACAUUGACCACCGAACUCGCCGAGACCAAAGUGAAACUAUCUUCAGCGAACACACAACUGGAUGACACAAAGCGAUCACAGGCUUUCGAGAUAGAUGAUCUCAGAAGGAAGUUCCGCAACGAUAUCGAGGAUGCCAAAGACGACCAUCGAAAGGAGCUUGAGCGUCUCCAGCGUGAAGCAAGAGAUGAGCUUGAUCGAGUCAGGAAGGAUGCCCAAGAAGAAGCCGACAGAGCAAACAAAACACGAAGGGAAGAGGUGGCCGAGAAAGAACGCGAACUCAGGGCAGAGCUCGAGGAAGAGAGAAGCCGCAGGCUGCGCGAAGUUCAGGAACUCACAACACAAUUCAGCAUGCAAAAGCUGACGGCAGACAACGAUGUUACGCAAAAAGAUCGCGAACUGCAGAGCUUGCGAUCCGAACUGAACGAAGUCAAGGCCAAUCUGGAAUCCUCGAAUGCACUGAACACCAACUUGAAGGAAAAGUUGACCGAAGCCUCGACUAACACCCUUACCCUCGAAACCUCGAUGCGCGCUAUGAAGGCGAAGAUUGAUUUCCUUGAGUCGGAUAACCAAGCACAAUCACAAGCCUUCCAGGAUCUCAACCAACAGAUGCUGGAUGCACAAGCUGUGGCUGCUGAGGCAAAGGAGAAGCUCCGCCAGGAGGAGACUCUGCGAAGGAAGCUUCACAACCAAGUUCAGGAGCUCAAGGGCAAUAUUCGUGUUUUCUGCCGUGUCCGUCCAACGCUAGGCGAUGAGGAGACGAAANAAGCAGAGCUCGCUUUCCCUGAUGCUGAUACAGACAGCAAAGAGGUUGUUGUGCAGGGUCCGGAUCAGAAGAGCGCCAUGGGUACUGUCACCAAAGCCAACAACAACUUCUCCUUCGAUCGAGUAUUUGGUCCAUCUUCGCAGAACGGCGAGAUCUUCGAUGAAAUCAGUCAGCUCGUUCAAAGUGCGCUCGAUGGAUACAACGUCUGCAUCUUCUGUUAUGGCCAAACCGGAUCUGGAAAAACAUACACCAUGUCUUCAGCUGAUGGCAUGAUCCCAAGCGCUGUGACUCAAAUCUACGAGACAGCUAAGAGUUUGGAGGACAAGGGUUGGACGUACUCUAUGGAGGGUAGCUUUGUCGAGGUAUACAACGAGACUGUGAAUGAUCUCCUUGGCAAGGCGGAAGACUGGAACAACAAAAAGCACGAAAUCCGUCAAGAUCCAGUCAAGCUCAAGACCACGAUCACAGACGUGACAACAGUUGACUUAGACUCGCCUUCGCGUGUCAAUGCUAUUCUGGACCAAGCCAAUCGCAACAGACGAGUGGCCGCUACCCAAGCUAAUUCGCGCUCGUCACGAAGUCACUCAGUCUUCAUUCUCAGGCUCAUUGGAGAAAACUCAAUGACGGGAGAACGUUCUGAGGGCACCCUCAACCUCGUCGAUUUGGCAGGUAGUGAGCGUCUUGCCCACAGUCAAGUUUCAGGCGACCGCUUGAAAGAGACACAGAACAUCAACAAGAGUCUGAGUUGUUUAGGCGAUGUCAUCAGUGCUCUAGGGUCAGGCAAAGAUGCGAAGCACAUCCCGUAUCGUAAUAGCAAAUUGACCUAUCUCUUGCAAUAUUCGCUGGGCGGAAACAGCAAGACACUGAUGUUUGUUAUGGUCAGCCCUUUGCAGGCCCAUCUGUCAGAGACCUUGACCAGUUUGAAAUUCGCUACCAAGAGGCAGGCGAAGGUCAAGGAUUAG